UUACAUGUCGCAAGACUGCUGAUGAACGUGUACAUAUAUGCGGACAUACAUAUGAAUGUUUUGUGCAUCAAAGGUUCCUGAGUGAUAUUUUGCUUUAUGUGUUGUUUUAUUUUAAUCAUAGAAAAUCAACAAGAGAAAAGUAAUCAAUGUAUCCGCAAGCACCAAUUUCGACAACCCGAAAAGCCAUUAAACCGUCUGUGAGCGGUUUCAAUAGAUCAGGACCAGUGACGAAAUUGUUGACAGACUUUCCAUGAGAAUUAGCUGAUGCUUCCCAUACAAGCCAUACCUUGUCCGGCUUAUUUGGGUUGUGGGUAUUGGUAAUUGGUAUAUUGGUAUAAGGGUGGUCGGACACCUUCUAUUAGGUCCAGUGAAAGGCGUCGUCCUCAAAGUGUUUCAUCUAUAUCCACACUAUCCCCGAGAGUUGUUUUGUCAAGAUUGGAGCCGAGGGAGUUUGAACGUCUUCGACUAUCCUAUAAAAUUGCAAUCGACCAAAGAAGAUCCAGAAGCUGCCGUGGCAUGAACAUGGGUCAAAAAAUUAGUGGCGGAGUCAAAACAGUUAGUCGUAAUGAUUCACAGUCUACAUUCAAACCAAUAAUACCAAGAGAGUUACAAGCUGAUUUCGUUAAACCAGCGCGAAUCGAUAUUUUACUUGAUAUGCCGCCAGCAUCUCGGGAUCUUCAAUUGAAGCAUUCAUGGAACUCCGAAGAUCGGUCUUUAAACAUUUUUGUAAAAGAGGACGAUAAGUUGACAUUUCAUAGGCACCCAGUGGCUCAAAGUACUGAUUGUAUCCGCGGAAAAAUCGGACUUACAAAAGGAUUGCAUAUUUGGGAAAUUUAUUGGCCAACAAGACAAAGAGGAACACACGCUGUUGUUGGCGUAUGCACUGCGGAUGCACCAUUGCAUUCAGUUGGAUACCAAAGUUUAGUCGGAUCAACUGAACAAAGUUGGGGCUGGGACUUAGGAAGAAAUAAAUUAUACCAUGACUCAAAAAACUGCGCUGGAGUCACAUACCCAGCCAUUCUUAAAAACGACGAAGCUUUCUUAGUUCCAGAUAAGUUCUUAGUAGCGCUAGAUAUGGACGAAGGAACACUGAGCUUCAUUGUUGAUCAGCAGUAUCUCGGUAUUGCGUUUAGAGGACUGCGAGGAAAAAAACUAUAUCCAGUUGUUUCAGCGGUUUGGGGACACUGUGAAAUAACAAUGCGUUAUAUUGGUGGAUUAGAUCCUGAACCUUUGCCUCUAAUGGAUCUUUGCCGAAGAACAAUUCGUCAAAAAAUUGGUCGCACAAACUUGGAGGAACGCAUUCAACAGCUUCAACUUCCUUUAUCAAUGAAAACAUAUUUAUUGUAUAAAAACCGUAGAUAAUAGUUUUGUUAAGUAGAUGGAAGAGCUAUUUCAAUUUUUGCUGCAUGUGAUGAAAGCAGCAAAUACUAAUUGUGUUAGCUUAUAAUAGUAUUAGAUCAAUGUUUGUCUGUCCUCCAACAGGAAAAUCAUAGGUAUACAAUUCGUAAUAAUACUUUCCUUUAGCUAUAAAGAUUGAUUGUGUAUUAAGAAGCAUUCAAAUAAUAGUAUGUACACGGAAUGACAUCUCAUUUUGCAAUAAAUUGGAGAAUCGUGUUUCUUCAUGUAACAUUAUUUAAAAAACUAUACUCACUUCGUGUUAUAUAAAAAAGUAUAUUUGUAAAAAUAUUAAAACAUAAAACCGCAGUUUUACUUAAAAUAUAUUUAUGUAUAAUUAAUUCUAACAAUUUUUAACGUAAAAAACUGAAAGUAAUUGGUUUACUUUUUUAUAAAUAUAUUACGGAAAAAAGCUUGAACUGUCGGAAAUAUGAAUUAACAAUUUUAAGCUGCUUUCCAUUUCUAAGCAAAAAGGCGUGAGGACAGAAAAAAAAUCUGGGAUUGCGCAAAUCACAAUUACAAUGUUGCUCGCUACCUGCUGAGUAGUAUUCAAUAAAAUAAUAUAAAAUUGUUACAUAAAAGUAUGUAACGGCCUUAA